AUGAAAAAGAAUUUAUUUUUUAUUUUAUUUAUUUUAUUUAAUAUUAAAUUUUCAAAAUCUCAAGAUAAUUGUAUUUAUAAUAACACUGUAUUUGGAGGAAUUUAUAAUUUAACAAAGAUAUUGCGACCAGCAAAUUCACCAUAUUCACAAGCAUUUACAAAUAAUAUAGGAGGAACUUCUACAAUUUCAUUCAAUUUUUGUAAAGUACCAAUAAGUUUAUGUGGUAAUGAAAGAGCCUGUAUUGAUAGUAGUAAAGCAGGAUCACUUGCAGUGAAUGAAAUAGUUAGUUAUGCUAGUAAUCAAUUAAAUAUUGGUUAUGUAACUGAAAAACUUGGUAUUACAGAUUGUUUAGCAGGAGGUAAUUAUAGACAUACCAAUUUUUAUUUAAAAUGUGACCCAAGUACAGAUUUUAAAGUGAUACAAGUUCAAGAGAAUCCCAUUUGUACCUAUAACACCUAUAUUAGUAGUAAAGUAAUUUGUAGAGAAUGUUUAUACAAUUGUUCAAAUCAUGGUAUUUGUAAUGUAUACACAGGUGAUUGUUUAUGUGAUUCACAAACCGAGGGAUUAGGUUGUGAAUCUUCUAAAUUAUUUAUAAGUUCAAGUGAUAGUGCACCUGAAGAAACGGGUGGGUUAAUUAAUAUUUAUGGAUACUUUGGCAAUAUUACAAACAAUGCUCAGAUAUUAAUUGGUGAUAAACUUUGUAAAAAUCCAAUUUCGGGGCCCCCAAAUGUCUGGAAUACACUUCAAUGUACAAUUGAAGCGGGUAGUGGUGUUAAAAACAUAACAUUUCAAGAUAACAAUGGGUUAAGCACUUUGGGUAUUAAUCUAUUUAAGUAUACCCCAAAAGUGUACCAAUGUUUAAAUAAUUGUACAAAAAUCAGUCAAGGUAAAUGUGAUAGUUCAACAGGUGUUUGUGAAUGUUUUCAAGGUUAUUCCGGUUUAGAUUGUUCUGCUCAAUUAAAUAGUAAUAAUAAUACUGAAACUUCAGUCACUAAUAAUGGGUCUUCAAUCAUAUCGAAUCAAAAUGUAACUUAUUCAAUUAAUAUUUAUAGUUUAGUAGAGUAUGAUAUUAAUGGUAUAAUUAUAAAUGAAUAUAUAUUAUAUAAUAAUUGGAAUUAUACUACUACUAUUACAAAUUCAACAACUACACCAACACCAACAGCUACAACAACACCAUCAAUUACAAAAUCACCAUUAUCAAAUAAACAAAUCACAAAUUAUAAUCAAUUUAUUUCAGAUAGAAAUUGUACAAUUAGAUAUACAAUUGAGGAAAUUAAAGAUCAACCAGUAAGAUACUCAUUUGCAGGUGUAGAUUUUAGAGUUGACCCACAUUCUAUAAAAAUAACAGUAUCAAUAUCAAAUUAUAAAUAUCAAAGUGGUUUAAAUUUUUUACAAUUACGAAUUUUAUCAGAUGUUAAUGGUAAUCAAACUCAAUUUGAUUCAUGUGGAAAUACCAUAAGAAAUGAGACUGAAAUCGGUACAAAUGGUAUAACCACCGAUGAAUUAUCAUCAAAUAUUAUAACUAUUUCAAAAGAUAGUAAAAUAUUUUAUGGUAGAUUCUUAAAAAAUAUGUUAUCUGAUAAUAGAAUUUCUUAUUUAUCAACUUCUUUAAUUUAUAAAAAUUCAACUUCAUUAAUGGUUGGUUUAAAUAUGCCUCAUUGUAUUCAUGAAUGUUUAAUUGAUCCAGAUUUUUCAGUAUUAGUAUCACCACCUCCAAUUGAUAAUGGUGAUGAGUGUGAAUCAACUUCAUCAAGAAAAUGGUUUUUAUAUGUUGUAAUAAUAGUCCCAGUUGUUGGUUCUGCUUUAAUUGUAAUUUUAGCAUCAAUCAUUUUUAAAAGAUAUCGUACAAAUCUUAAAAUUGCUGCUGCUGCCCUCAAACCAGCUAAAUUAAAUAAAAUUUAA